CUCUCCUCAGCAAUCCAGCACACCGAACGACUUCAGCAUCUAGUCCUCCUCGUCAUGAACCCUCAGAGACACUACCGACAAGACUUGAAUAGUUAUGCCAAUCAAGGGGGCUUGACACUCACCUAUGACAAGACUUUCACCGGACCUCAGCAUUCGGGAACUUGGACCGUCGUUGCCUACAUCGGAGACAUUGAACAUGGAAGAGGCACCGCCAGCAAUCAGGGUCAGGCCAAGGAGAUCGCAUCUUACCACGCGAUGGUAGCCCUGGGGUUGAAUGUUGAUUGA